AUGCAGUGGAGGAACCAUAGUGGGAGAGUGAGCAAGUUUGUGUUGCUGGGCUUUCCUGCUCCUGUGCCACUACAGGUACUAUUGUUUGCCCUUUUGCUGCUGGCGUAUGUGUUGGUGCUGACUGAGAACACACUCGUCAUUAUGGCAAUUAGGAACCAUUCCACCCUCCACAAACCCAUGUACUUCUUUCUAGCCAAUAUGUCCUUUCUGGAGAUCUGGUACGUCACUGUCACUAUUCCCGAGAUGCUUGCUGGCUUUGUUAGGUCCAAACAGGAUCAUGGACAGCUAAUCUCCUUUGAGGGAUGCAUGACAUAACUCUACUUUUUCCUUGGCUUGGGCUGCACUGAGUGUGUCAUUCUCGCUGUUAUGGCCUAUGAUCGCUAUGUGGCCAUCUGCCAUCCUCUCCACUACCCAGUCAUUGUCAGUGGCCGGUUGUGUGUGCAGAUGGCCGCUGGAUCUUGGGCUGCAGGUUUUGGCAUCUCCAUGGUCAAAGUUUUUCUUAUUUCUCACCUGUCUUACUGUGGCCCCAACAUCAUCAACCACUUUUUUUGUGAUGUGUCUCCAUUGCUCAACCUCUCAUGCACUGACAUGUCUACAGCAGAGCUUACAGAUUUCAUCCUGGCCAUUUUUAUUCUUCUAGGGCCACUCUCUGUCAGUCGGGCCUCCUACAUGGCCCUUACUGGUGCUGUGGUGCACAUUCCUUCAGCUGCUGGACGCUAUAAGGCCUUUUCCACCUGUGUCUCUCAUCUCACUGUUGUGAUAAUCUUUUAUGUAGCCAGUAUCUUCAUCUAUGCCUGGCCAAAGGCACUCUCAGCUUUUGACACCAACAAGUUGGUCUCUGUACUGUAUGGCAUUGUACCAUUGCUCAAUCCCAUCAUUUAUUACCUGCGCAGUCAAGAGGUCAAGAGAGCCCUAUGCUGUACUCUGCACCUGUACCAGUGCCAAGAUCCUCACCCCAAGAAAGCUAGCAGAAAUUGUAGAAGGGAUGUGUGA